UGCACAGCUUCGCCUCGCUUUCAUGUUAGUAAAUAUGGCGGAACGAAAGGAGAAGUCUAUACCAUGGGUAGAAUGAUAAUACUGAAUGCUACAUGGCAGCGGCGAUUGAUACAAAUGCUGGUGUAGAGCGUGAAGAACAAGAGCAAGAUGUUCUCCAGGGCGCUGAGCCUGGAGCUGGGUAAGAAAUGUAUAUUUUUCCAAUACACAGACCUCAUUUUGAAAGGAUUUGAUUUGAAGAUACGAUUUGCUCGGUAUGUACAAAUUAUGAUUUAUUAAAGAACGUGGUCGAUUUCUUUUGAUUUAAACUGUAAUUUUCGUCAGACAAAGUGUAAAGUCGCGUAGAAUUGUCGUAAAAUUAACGAAUAUUUUUCAAAGAGCGGUAAGGUUAGCUUGAAAUCUAUGGGUAUUUCGUGUUUUAAAAUUUGUAUCGCUCACUGUUUUAGGAGAGAGGAUGUGAAAGUAACUUUAGGUCUCGGGAAUACAUUUGGUAUGCCCUUCUAAAAUAUGGUGAUCUCAAUAGUAAAGAGCCCAUUAUGUUGUCGUGGAUUGUAUGUGUUUCCGAUUUGACCAUUUCUUUCUUUUGCAGCUCAGUAGGUCAAGAACCACUCUUCUAUGUCCAACCUGACGAGGAACUUGAUGUUUCUGUGGAUGAAAUCUGUACAGAUCCUGAAUCCAGAACAUCUACCCACUCUGAUGCUAGCCUAGCUCCAGGGCUCAUCUCCAGUUUAAGUAGUCACGGAUCCCCUGAGGCAGCAAACAGCAGCUCCCCCAAAAUUGAUGUUGUUGAUGAAGAUGAAAACUUCAAUGAGACCCUUUUUCCUGGGCAAGCAGAUAUGCCAGGCGAGGCUGAUGGUUCAGUUGAUGAGAAAAUUGCUUCGUUAAGUGUUCAAGAUGAACAAGAAGGUAAAAGAAAACCAGUGCCUUGAACUUGUCCAUCAAGGAUUUUGCAUUAUGUUGGUGAUGAUGCAAAAAUUAUUGUGUGCGAAUUUCUCAUCUCAAGUAAUGUCCAAUCGCAUAUUAUUCCAUGAGAAAUUUCCUAGUGCUAAAUUCAUUAUAAACUGGAACAAAUCCACAAACUAAAAUGAUAAAAUAAAUGUAAUUUCCACAACAACAUCAUGCAGAACAUGUGAAAAUUUCUCACAAUUGUUGUUGUUCUCAUAAUAAUGAGUUCUAUUCUUAAAUGGUCUUCAAAAAUCUCAUCAUUUUUCACUUCACAGUCUUGUUUUUUUCCUGAAGUCAUUUGUCAUUUUGUUUUUGGCAGAGGCUCGAAAAACAAGAGCUGCAAGUGUACUAGAAAUCGGAAGAGAAGCAUCAGUGGAAGGUUGGUUUUGUGCUUAUGGAUUCUUUGUUCUAUUUGUUCUAUUAAUAAAUUUUCCCAGAAAAAUUAAACACAAUGAGCAGCUAUACUGUUAAGAUUGCAUCAUGUAUGCAACUGUAUGACUUGAGACAAUAGUUGGUAUGUAUAUAUGAUUGAAGUGUAAAACGACUUGUUUUAUGUUUUUCUAUGUUAAAGAUGUGAACGACCCUCAAUGGACGUUGCACAAAAAGCAUGUGUUUGCUUUCAGUGAGGCUGGAAAGCCAAUUUACUCAAGGUGAAAGUUUUUUUUUAUUACUGGUAUUAUAAUCAAUUUUCAUAUAAGCAUUUCAUUUGAGAGAUUUGUUCGACAAAUUAAAGUGAAAGUUGUGCAUAUUAAAAAGUUGCUGAUUGAUAAGUAAGGCUUGGGAAAGUGCUCAAGAAAAUGCUUCCACUUUACAUGGCUUGAACAGGACACACUACAGCUAUCUACUGCACUGUCCAGGUAUCACCAGGCACUGUUCUAUGUUGUAUGCAUACUGAUCAAAUGGGAGGAGAUACAAACCCAAAUCCCUACCACAACUAACCCCUCCUCAAGGUUCAACUCCCUGGCUGUGCUUGAACACUAUUUAUAAAUGCAAUUUCUAUUUUCCAUUCAUUCAGAUAUUCAGAAUCAAUUAAAGCCAUGUUUAUGUUUUAUAAAGUACAGCUGAUUUCACUGCAUGAACAUUCAAAGGGAUUCCUUACAACUGCACAUCUUAAAGCUGCUUUAAAUACAGUAGAGCUGACCCAUUUGAAACUCUGAAUAUGAUCCAUUAGCCAGCUCUGGCUUCAGUUUAACUUUUCCUCAACUUCAGUAGAGGAUUUGUUUUUUAUGUACAUUUAACAUUUAACUUUUACUAUCAGUCAUAAUGACCAAUUUUGUUUGAUUAAAUGUAGAUAUGGAAGUGAGGACAAACUGGCAACCCUGAUGGGUGUUAUGCAAGCCUUAGUUUCUUUUGUCCAGGUUGGCAAAAAUACAAUAAGGUAAGAGGAGAAGGUCAUGCCCUUACAGUUUGUUCUUACCAGAUGUAACACACCAAGAGAAGCCUGUUUUUCCUCAUUGUAGCCUACAUCCCAUUUACACUAGCAAAAUGUCUUUUUUAAACUGUAUUUAACUGAAUGAAAAUCAAAAUCAAGGAAGUGAAGAACUGAGAUGUUCAAAGUUGUCAGGUAGUCAGUAUUUUCAAUGCACUUAAUUUGAAGUCAAUAAACAUAGGUUUACAAAGCAGCUUUGAAACAUGUCUUUGAAAACUUUGAAGUAAGUUGAGAAGGAAGUACUUCUUGUGAUCCACUAUAGUCAUAGUUGGACCUCAUGCCAAGAUAUCACAGUAAAAUGCACAGACUGUAAGCCUGUGCAUUUUACUGUUGCCCAGGUCCCACUACCCCUUUUUUCUUUGAAAUAUAGCUACAUGACAUUGUGCGCAUACAUCUGCACCAUAGAAAUACGCUUUGUUAAUAAAAAUUUAUCUCAUAUUUGUUGAUAAAUUUAAUCUUUAUGUGUCUUUAUUAUUCCAGGUGUAUUAUGGCGGGUGACCAUAAAUUUGUAUUCUUAGUUAGAGGACAUGUUAUUUUAGUGGCUGUGGCUUACACACCAGAGUCUGUUACUCAGGUAUCACAUUUAUUUCAUGAGAGAAUUACUUCCGCAAAUUUGUUAUGAUGUCUUUAAAACAAAUGACCUAAAGUGGGUUUGAUUUUAUUGUUUGUACGUCAUUGUUAUCAUUAUCAUUAUUAUUAUUAUUAUUAUUAUUCCUUCUUUACUGUUAUUGAUAAACUGCAUUGAACUUAUACACUGUAUGUUGUAGUUUAGAAUGAUUCUAAUUGAAGUGGUCUCAAACUACAGUAGAACCCUAGCUAGCCCAAACUCAGUUAACUCUGACCCCCUGGUAACUGAAACAAGAUCCAAUUUUCCUUGGGCCCCAUUUUUUCAGUAAUUUAAUAUCAACUAACUCAAACCCUGGCUAACUCAAACCAUUUUUUGUUUCCUUCAGGAGGUUGGGUAAUUCUACCAUAGUUUAAAAUCAUUUGGACCUUAAAUUCAUUUUAUGCUAUAGCACAUACCUGAGUCCUUUUUGACUGAACCCUUCUGAAGAGAAGCACUAUGGCAAAAAGUAUGAUCUUUUGUAGCUAUUUCAUUGUCAGGAUAGACUGUUAUUUUCUCAACAUAUUCACCCCAAAAUUCAACCUGAAAUAGCUUUAGUGUUUCCUUUACUUCAGACCCACUGACUGAAGAUAAAUAUAAAUAACUUUUGAUAUCAGUUUUCUUUUUCCUAGUUGGUGCUGCAGCUCUCCUAUGUUUAUAAUCAAAUCCUUAGUGUUUUAACGUAUACUCAAUUAGCAAGAAUUAUGGAACAGAGGAGAAAUUAUGAUCUUAGAAGACUAUUGGCCGGUAAGAUAUGACAGAUGCACAUGUUCACAUACAAACAUGUCAUUAUGAACUGAAGAUCAAAGGUUCUUUUCACAAGGUGUAAUUUUUUAAUGAAACUUGCUUGUUAGAAACUGCUUGAAAAUUCACCUGUAUUUUAAUGGUUAACUGAAGUCAGUACCUUAAUUGCUUGCUGUUUCCAGAUUUAGUUCUGAGAUGACUAUGUCCAAGAAAUUUGCACUUUCUUAUCAAAGUUUCCAUAAACUUAAUCACAAAACUGUGUGAAAAGUCAUAAAUUGUUAAACAUCAUCAAAGUGCUAAUGUGCAAGUCUUGAUUACCAAGCCUUAAUCAGUAGAAAACAGACAGCUGAUUAAUUCCAAAACUCAUUUUCAUUUAUCUACUAUAUUAUAUUUACAGGGACAGAAAAAUUUAUAGAUAAUUUAUUGAAUUUAAUGGAUCACGAACCAAGCUUUCUGCUAGGCUCUGUGAGUAUGAUGUAAUUUACUGUUGUAAGAUUCGACUUAUCAUGAAUAUAGAAGCAAUCCUCGUAGUUAUGAUCACUACUAAAGUAGUAGUGAAAAUAAGGCCUGAAAAAAAUUGAGGCCCAUAAAAAGGAUUUAAACCUAUGACCUCUGCGAUACCAGUGCAGUGCUGUGGUAUUGCAGAUAACAGCUCCUAGUUGUCUUGUUAGCUCAGUUGGUUGAGGGCUGCUCCAGUAUCGCAGGGUCAUGGGUUAAAAUCCUGUACAAGCCUGAAUUUUUUUCAGGCAUUAUUUUCACUGCUACUUAAGUAGUGUUAGUAACUGCAAGGAUCCCUUCCAUAUUUGUUUCUUCAACUGCAGUUUACAUAUAUGAUUUUUAGAAGUAGGGUAUACAUCUUUGAGGCUGUUGUGGGAUAAGGUGAUAUUAGCUCAAGAGGAAACUCAUUUUUUAAAUCUGAGUUUUAUGCCUUGACAGAGAUAUGUUGUAGAUAUGUUGAGGAUUUUUUGUGAAGUUUGGAAUUUUUUAUUAAGUAUGGAAUCUGAAAGCUUUCUAGACCUGGAGAAAGAAUGGAAAAAGAGAUGAAGUCUGGGAAAAAUUCAAGUAGUUGAGAAUUUUUUUUUUUUUUUCAGUUUACCAAAAAAUUGCUAAUUACUGGGUGAAAUGCUGGCCUGCAAUUUUUAUUUCAUGCACAGCAUUGUCUAUGAAAAUUCAUUUUCAGUAGAAUUAAGAGAGUUUCCAUAGUCCUUGGCUGUGUUUUUGCCAGUUGGUAUUAAGUGUUUGCAAAUAUACUGCAUCCUUGUUAUCAUUUCGUGCAUUGAAGAAGAAAAUUAUUGUUCUGAAAGUUAAGUGUGGAAAAAGUGAAAGACUUUUGCGUACUAAAACCUGUGUAAAACCUGUACAAUUGAGUUCCUUGCAUUUAACUUUAAUUGCUGGGGCUUUUAGGUGAGAUGUUUACCUCUUCCAAGUUCUGUCAGGGAAACCAUUGGUCAGAGCAUGCUUCAAGCAAGAGUCAAGGUACUAACAACAACGAUAGUCACUGAGUAGAGCAAUUUUUAAACGAUUCGACUGGCGAAAGUUACCCGGCAUUGCUUUGGUUUUACUUUAUUAUUUCCAGGAGUUAGUUUAGAAAUCUCGCGCCGCCCCCUCAAGAAGUCAGAUGAUGAACUAGAAUAGUUUUCAAUUGAUUGCCGAAAGUAAUUUAUGCUUUCUUUGGUGUUACUGUACUUCGCUUUUCGAUUGGUCCAAAAAUACUCGCGCCACCUUCUCAGCCAAUCAGAUUUAAAACUAAUAUCAAUCACGAUUUGGUCCCUCGCGUUGUCCCAUGAUUUUUUCCUAAAGUUUGGUUUUUCUAAACUUAAGUGAAAACUGCUCUAAAACCCAUUACAACUUGGUCACUCACGUUUUCCUGCGCUUCAGGCCGUUCAGUGCUUUCAAUAAGAUUUGAAGUAAGUGGCUACUUCGGUAAAGCACUCGCUGAAGAACAAAAUGGAAAGCAAUUUCCCUCUCGUUAGCCUAUUAGUUCCAAUCAGAAUAAAGUGGCAUCAAGUUGGAGUUUUUGGUGUCAAACUUCGGUAAAUAGCCAUUAAAUUUUAGUUUUUUUUUUUAAACAAUUGUUUGACUGAUCGUUUAUUUCUGAUCAAAAUCUUCAAUCUGCUAACAUGCAAACCUGCUCCCUGAGUUUCAUACAAAAGUCCUCUGAAAGGAAAUACGGUUACCUGAAUUUGAGUCCGUAUGUUCUUGGAACUCAAAACUUUUUCCUCUGGAAAUGUCGUGUAUGAUAAGAGGCCGUUAAAUAUUUUUCAUUUGAUGUUUCUGUUGCCUAGUCAUAUUUUUCCUCUCUUGGUGACUGCAACGGAUUAAUUUGCAUUAGGUGUCAGACUACUCAACUGAGAAGCCUUCCGUGACACGCAUUCGUAGCUUGGGGUAUCGUUUAGAUUCCUUUAAAGAGAAAUCAUCAGCCGUAAGCGUAUACAGUUCAUAAGAGAUGUUGAGUGGGGAGUAGGGUAGGGAGAAUUGUCUGGGGAGGGUUAGGGGUAUCAUGGGUGCUUUGACGAUCGUUUUCUGGCGCCCGUGUAAACCCCAGGUAGAAGAGAAUCUUUGCAAGAGUUCAGUCCCUGACCCAAGUUUAAAGAAUAUAACACUAUGACCCAUACUGUUCGGUCAUAAAGCAAUGGUUCUGAGUCCAGGGUUCAUCAUUAUGCAGCGUCUGCUCUGCAUUACAUGUUACCAGUGGAAGCCAUAAUGUCUUGCUGUCUCUGCUUUCUACUCAGGACCUCGUAUUUGCCAUUUUGGUCGCUAACAAUCAGUUAAUUACCUUGAUCAGACCCAAGAAGUACAGUUUGCAUCCUUCAGGUGAGUUUUUUGUCUUUCCUAUUUAGCAUCUCUUAUUCAAUGAGCGCUCGUGGAAGAUAAAAACGGCCAAAACUAGAGGAACUAGAGAGAUAUUUACAAUGAUAUUCGUCAAUGAUAACAGUCUGUGGUUCAUAUUUCACCUCACUGUGGUCAUCAUUAGCGUUUUAGGGUCUUCAUUCUUUCGCGCUGUGUUCUCGUACAAUCUGUGUUACCUAGCACCAAAAUUGGGAAACUUUCCUUUCCGGCUUUUGAGCUAGAUUAUUUGCAGUCCUACUUUCCCAGCUUGUUGCCCUGAGCAAGGGAAAAGAAAUCAGCGAUUAGAAAUCAGCUGAUAAGCUUUUUGGUCGCGCAAUGGAAGCUAGGAGAGAGGUAAUGCUUCGUAGUUUAUGCUCCCUCAGUUUCUGAAGAUGCUUUUUAUUUGUCCUCUCCAGAUCUUCAUCUUAUCUUCAACCUCGUCAGUGCAUCCACUUCUUUUCAAACUGCGGAGUCCUGGACACCGAUUUGUUUGCCACGAUUUGAUAACAGGUAAAACUCACACAUAAUGAAAUAUAUCAAAAAGAGGUCGUGAGCAUGGAUUCGACAAGAAGAGGGAUUCAAUCCCUUCGGUCUUCCGUUAUUCAGUUGAAUGCCUCAAUCAGUGAUUACAAAGGCUGGUCUUUUGCUCAAUCUUAUUCGCUCUUUGAUUGAUUUAAAAAAACUUGCAGAAACCUCUCGACCGACCAGAUGGAGAAGUAAAACUAAUCGUGGCUUGAUUACUCGCGCUUUCCCAUGCUGCGCUUCGGGCCGUCUCCAUGUUUUCAACUACUCUUUGUGACUCAAAUCUCUUUUUCUGAUUGACUCUUGUUAGUGUUGUGAUUUUUUUUAAACGACCCUCCACCGGAAAGCACUCUCUAACGAUUUGGGAAAAUUUUUUAACGGGUGUCGAAGUUAGGGAAAAAAAAAAUUCAAAUUCGGCCAUAGUGAGCAAGGCACCAAGGUGGAAGAUACUCAAAUGUCAGAACCAAAUGGAUGUUUCAUGUUUCGUUGUUUAUUAUGUUUUCGAUGUUGUUGUUUUCAGUGGCUAUCUGUACGCGCACAUCUCCUAUCUGGAUGACAACUGCCCUGCCUGUUUAUUGUUACUUUCCACUGAUCGUGACGCCUUCUUUGAGUUAGCAGAAACCAGACUUAAAACUGUUGAGGUGAGCUGCAUUUCUGUAAGGAAUUGGAUGUUUACCUCGUCCAGUCAGUUCUUAGUCAGUUCUUGUUACAGAUAAGAGAAAGACUCAGAUUCGUGCGGAAUGCCGCCAUAUUUUGGGUGGUUUCGGUGAACAGGGAUGUUAUCAUACCUUGUGGGGUUUAACUGUCAUUACUAACAUUAGUAUUGAUACUUUCCACACUGAGAAUCUGUUUGACAAUCAGGAGCUUCUUGAAAUGGCGAUUAUUUCUUUUAUUUUCAUGACCUUUACAUCUGUCUCAAGGGUGAUACUAUUAGGAGAAAGUAGAAGCCACUCUCAUUGGUUUAAGGUUUAACCUUGUUUUAAACUUUUAGCGCUUGAAGAGGUACAGAUGUUUAGAGGCUAUUAAUGAAGCAGUGGCGAAAAAGAGUUAUAGCACAGGUUUGAUUCACAGAAUUAACAGCUCGUUUUUAUGUUUUUGGUUUCAUACUGUUACUUUCGUUUAACUCUGUGCUCGUAUCCCUUCUGUUACAGAUCAGGUUGGCAUCCCAGAGCUGUAUCAUUUUAUUUACAAGUCUAAAAGUACGGCGCAGUAUACAUCACCUGAACUGGAAGCUCCUUAUGUUGAACCAGAAGAACAGGAAAGGUAUUUUGGUUCUUAAGUUUUAACGAAACUAAAUAGUUCAGUAGGCUAAGAACUCCAAACUCCAUUUUGGAGUAGAACCGAAUGCAUGACUCACAAGUCAGAGGUUUAGACGUGUAAAUUGACUUCACGUGAAGAAUUUGCUUGGAGGUUCGUGCGAACUUCUGGGAACGCCUGGUACAUUUCAACUAACUAGUUCCCAGUUUUACGGGUCCUACGAAAUAACAUGGCAUCCACGAUAACUUGACCGCCUACAUAUCUCAUUUGCCUUCUACUUACAUACUAAUCAAUAAUGAUUUUUUUUUUCAUUGAAUAUCUGUAUUCGUUUCCAGGCUCUUUGGUUUAUAUCUUUACCUGCAUCAUCGGAUUCACUCGCCAGCCAGGCCUCUGAAAAUUUUAUGUCACGUGGGCGUACGAGAGAUGCUGUUAGGAUGGGUGUGUAUUGAUAGGAGUAAAUGGAAGAUUCUUGUCUGCUAAGUCAUAGCAUUAGUUCGAGGCUGGAGGAAUAUACCGGAAGGUUACCUUAUAAACAAAUUAUUCUUUGAACUGAAGCAAACCUUCAGAAACGAAAAAAAAGUCUCCAUAUCAAUGUCCGCCCAUGGGAUAGAUGGUCAGAAACAUGGCAACGAUACUUUGACAAAGCCACGAUAAAUUUUGAAAUGAGAUAUGAUUUUGGAAUGAAUCUCGAUUUUCGCUGCAUGCUGAUCUGGAUUGUUGUUAGAUAUUUUCAUGUCACCGAUACUGUGACAAGUCCACGAUAAAUUGUGAAAUGAAACAAAAUUUUGCAGUGAAUCUUGAUUUUCGCAGCUUGUUGAUCUGGAUUGUUGUUAGAUAUUUUCUAUCAUGUCAUUGUGCUUUCGAGUAGACUGCUGAAUGUAGACAAACUUUUGCGGUAGAAAUAGCUCAUAUGCUGAUAUGAUGUCCUUCCUUCCGCUGAGAAACAAACUACAAUUUUACCUAGAAAAUCAUAACAACGCUAUAAUUUCCACAAAGCUUUGGCUGUGGAUCAGUUGAUAAUGAAGGGCUUUUAAACAAUUUGUUUUCUUCAGCGAGUGUACUUCUAAAAAAGCGCAAAAAAGUUUUAAACCACAUCAAAUGGCAUUAAGGGGAAACCUGUGAUUGUGAAAUUUUCGUUAGACGUCAUAAUUCCCUCGACAAUUCUAAAUCUAUAGCCAAUUUUAUUCCUUUACAAUUCUUUGUUUAAAAACUAGAAUUACAGUUUUAGGACAAUGGUGCUUCUUUAUACAAACUUGUCACAUUUCUCCAGUUAAUUGCCAAAGAAAAACUUGAUAGUGUAAAUGCUGGUUUUGCUGAAAAGUAACAGUUACCACUUUUAACAGCUCUGGACCACUCAAGCUUGAAAGUUAAAAAAGUUAAAUACCAAAGAAAGCCUUGACAGUGUAAAUGUUGGUUUUGCUGUGAAGUAGCAGCUACUACUUUUAAAAGCUCUCAACCACUCAAGCCGGCAAGCUAAAAAAUCGCACCUUCUCUUGAUAGGUAACAUCUGGGUUUGAGUUGUACGCUGCCUUCAGUCCACUGGUCACAAAACCAGACGCUAUCAUUGCCAUAAACAAACUUCUGAGAUGGAUAAAGGUUUGUUGCUUGUGGUCUUUCUCUCUUUACCUCUUAUUUCUUCUUCUGUGUGAAGGCUCAUUUACACGUGUGCGUUCAUCUUCGUUUUCUUUUCUUGGGAGGUACAGGGUUGGAAUGUCAAGCCGAUCAUUUGCGUUCUGGCGGUUAGGCACGACGCUUAUCUGCUAUGGACUAAGUAUCCCAUCUGUCACAAGUAGCAAUAUUACCAGUUAAUUCAGCCCACAGAAAUCGUGAUAAGCUCCGGAAAUGUGGGAUAGAAUGUAACAAUUUAGCUAAAAGGUUUAUCCAAGUGUUGAUUUUUUGAUCAGGGUUAAGAGGGCUUCUAGCUAACACUGAAAAAGAACAUUUACUUCAGUCAACCUACCAAUUAGGAAAUCUCGUGGUAUUAAAUGGCUAAAACUUAGGUGUCUGUCAGACUUUUGAAAUAACUGGCCCACACUGGACCACACUGUACCAAUUCUCUGUGAGCUUGAUAACCAAUCUUCUUUAGUAAAACCGCCACCACUUUGACGGCUGAGCAAAGAGAUGAUACAGGUGUUUAUUGUUCUUUCAACCAGCGUUAAAAGUAUUGAAACGAUAAAGUUUUGUUGAAGACGUUUCUCUUUUUUCCGAUGUAGUAAUCUUUUUCUUUUUUCUGUUACUCAGCGCGAGGAAGACAGGCUCUUUAUUCUGAGCUCUCAAGUGUUCUAAAGGUCUCACCUCUGGAAUAAGGCAGAAUUUCUGGAAUACUACUUUUAUCGCUCUGACUCGUGGUGCCCGGACUCAAAGAAUGCUGCUCUUCAAGCCCUUCAGGGAAAGACCGAUGAGAGGCCGCAAAAAGAUAUUGCUUUGGGUCGAAUGAAAGAAAUACCCUUAUUCUAUCAUGUUUCAGUAGCAUGAUAUUUUCACCGCGCGCCGUGAAGAUACCAUUUUCGUCACGGUUACCGGGAUUAUCAACAUUGUGACUUUAUUUGUCACGCACAGUUGAAUUAACGAUUCUUUUUCUCUUUUCAUGAAGAUAACUUGUUUUUUUUCUUUUGUCGGAAUGUGAAGAAGCAUUUCAGCAAGCGGAUCGUACGUGUGGGUGAUCUCUACAUUUCGUGCAUUCCCGUGUUCUGAAAUUGUUUAUCAAUAAUAAUCAGAAGAUUGCAUGUCCGCUUGCUGAUACGAAUUUACCUUCUUGUGUCAAUUAUACCCCUCACGAGUGGGCGAUGCGAGCGAGUGAUAGAUAUAACCAGCACUCGUGUUUUCAACAUUGUUAAUUUGAGAUUAUUUUUGAACAGAAAUAUCUUACCAAAUGGGAAACAUUAGGUGUAAAUAGCUUAAACUCUGUUUUUACACUAUUUCGACCGGCGUCGUAGAUCCAGAGAAUUUAACACUCACUAGUUGCGUUCAAAACCUUUCAACCUGUUAUCAAUAAAGAUAACAAACUUUGCUGAUUAGGUUCAAGCCGUUGAUGAAGAAAAAAUUGUAUAAGCAAAGGCGACUAAAAAAGGAAGAAACCAGAGCUAUUGAAAAUUCUUGUACAUCUGAAAAACAAUUAAAAUAUGACAG